AUGAGGCUUCUCACACACAAUUUUUUGAAGUGUAAUGAAACGCAAUGCACUGGGGGAUAUCCGUUACUAAUAAAAUUAGACGAGAGCGCUGAAGAAAGUAUAAAAAUAGUAGAACAAGAAAUGAAUGCAGAGUUUGUAAGAAAUGUGUUAAGUAAAGUUGAUUACGAUGUUUUAUACAGCACGGCUAAAGAGUUAGGAUUAAGUUUGUUAUCUAGCUAUUCAAACAGUCACUUAGAAGAUGAAGGAUUUCUUAACUCAAUUCAUCACGCACUUUUUAAGGUUCACAUAAUGGAAGGCACUUUAACCUGCCCCCAGUGCAGUAUUUCUUUUCCCAUAAAAGAUGGCAUUCCAAACAUGUUAACAGGAAAUGAAAAAUGA